AUGCGCUUCCAGUGGGACUGGCUGUGCUUGGGUGUCCUGCUAAUUAGCUCAGCGACUGCGGAAAUUGAAAACAAAGAAAGUCUGGAUGCAGAUGUGGAAGUGGAGGAUUUUGACAAGCAGUCUCAAGAAGCUGACAUUGACAGAGAGAAAUCUUCCUUAGCGGUUGUGUACCAGACCCCAAAGCCAACUGGAGAAGUGUAUUUUACAGAAACCUUUGAUGGAGAAUUGACUGGGUGGGUGCUGUCUAAAACCAAGAAAGAAGACACGGAAGAAAUUACUAAAUAUGAUGGAAGAUGGGAAGCAGAAGAGCUGAAAGAAAACACGGUGCCUGGAGACAGAGGAUUAGUGUUAAAAUCAGUGGCAAAACAUCAUGCAAUAUCAGCUAUGCUAACAAAGCCAUUUGUUUUCAAUAGUAAACCUUUGAUUGUUCAAUACGAAGUGAAUUUUCAAGAUGGCAUUGACUGUGGUGGUGCAUACGUUAAACUUCUCUCCAGUAGUGAUGAUUUGAAUCUGGAAUACUUUUUUGACAAAACACCUUAUACUAUUAUGUUUGGACCAGAUAAAUGUGGAGAAGAUUACAAACUACACUUUAUCUUCAGACAUAGGAAUCCUAAAACUGGAGAAUAUGAUGAAAAACAUGCAAAACGUCCUGACAUAGACCUAAAAAAAUUCUAUUUGGACAAGAAGACGCAUCUGUAUACUCUUGUGCUAAAACCAGAUGAUACAUUUGAAAUGUUAAUCGACCAAUCAGUUGUCGGCAAAGGAAGUCUUCUUGAGGAUAUGGUUCCUCCAGUAAACCCUCCCAAAGAAAUCGAGGAUCCACGUGAUAAGAAGCCUGACGACUGGGAUGAAAGACCAAAAAUACCUGAUCCAAAUGCUGUCAAACCAGAUGACUGGGAUGAAGAUGAGCCUUCCAAAAUAGAAGAUCCUGAUGCUGUUAAGCCUGAGGGAUGGCUUGACGAUGAACCACAAUAUGUUCCAGACCCUAAUGCAAAAAAACCGAAGGACUGGGAUGAAGAAAUGGAUGGGGAGUGGGAAGCCCCUCAAAUCCCAAAUCCAAAGUGUGAGACUGCACCUGGUUGUGGACACUGGGUGCGUCCCAUGAAGAAUAACCCGAACUAUAAAGGAAAAUGGAAAGCACCUAUGAUAGAUAAUCCUAACUAUCAGGGGAUCUGGAGCCCUCGGAAAAUAUCGAACCCAGACUACUUUGAAGACCCUCACCCAUUCGAGAUGACCACUGUCAGUGCUAUUGGUUUAGAACUCUGGUCCAUGACAUCCGAUAUCUACUUCGAUAACUUCAUUAUAUGUUCAGAGAAAGAAGUAGCAGAUCGUUGGGCAGCAGAUGGCUGGGGCUUGAAGAAAUUAGUAGCAAGUGCUAAUGAGCCAGGUAUGUUUAGUCAACUGGUGACUGCUGCAGAAGACCACCCAUGGCUCUGGGUUCUUUACAUCUUGACUUUAGCUCUCCCUGUUGGGCUAGGUGUGUUGUUCUGCUGGCCAGCAAAGAAAACAGAUGAAGAUACUGACUUCAGAAAGCUUGAUAUGUUGCAGCCAAUUGCAAAGGGAGAGCUAAAACAAGAGGGAGAGGACUUAGAAGAUGAUGAAAUAGAAUCAGGAGAAGAAAACAGAAAUACUGCAGAAGAUGAGAGAAGAGAAAUGGAGGAGACAAGAAGAGAGCUUAUGAAGGAUACAAAGAAGAUGGAAAGGGAGGCUCCUCCUUCAGAUGGUGAGGGUGAAAGUGGUAAAGAUACUGAAGAAAGAGAAAAUGAAUCUGGUUUAGGAGAUGAGAUGAAAGAAGAUGAUGAAAGCACAGAUUAUAGAGGUGGUCCACUGAAAUCAGUGCGCAAAAGAAGAGUACGAAAGGACUGA